AUGGCGUUUGGUUUAAGUGAUGAUGCUUUAAAACAAAGACCAAGUGAUAUUGAACUAUUACGUUUGUCAAUCAAAUGUCCAUCAAACCAAAUGUAUGAAUUAGUGACAUAUCUCGGAAUGUAUGAUAAAUGGGAUGAUAUCACAUACAAUUAUAGAGAAAAUAUAGAGGUAGCAAAGUUUUUGAUUUUAUCAAAAUGGAAAGAGAUGAAAGUUGAGAGCAAUUUCAAAGCCUUGGCAGAAGCUCUGACAAACAUGGAUAUAUCAACUCAUGUUUUGUGUCAAGUUAAAAGAAUAAAAAUUGUAGAAAGUGACAUUCCUUUGGAAUUCCUAGAUUGUGUUCCAACAGAUGAGAUUUUGGAUGCAUUAGCAUCACGAAUUGGUCAGGUAUAUUUUCAACUUGGUGCUGAGGUUGGACUGUCAAUUCCAACCCUAGAGCAUAUUCAAACCAAUAUUCCAAGAGACUUAGAAGCUCAGAACAAGGAAGUCUUGUUCCAAUGGAGAAAAGACAGAUCAGUGAAACCUACAAUAAGGGUACUUGUACAAGCAUUAGUUAAUGUUGGGAGGGGAGCACAUUGUUUACAGGAAAUUCUUGAGAAUGUGGAUCCAAAUACCCUUAGACGCUUUGGAGGAGGAGGAGAAGGAGCCAUUCCAAAGAAACAUCAGACAAAAUCAGACCAGAAACAACAACGUACGCAGAAGAAGUCAAAGAAAUGUCCAAUAUCUUGAAUGUUGGCACCACAGAAUAUUGAUCCAAUUGCUUUCUAAUCCGGAGAAUAAUUUAAUGGUAAAACAGAGGUGAAACAAAAAUCCUUAUUUCUAAUAUGAAUAUCUGUAAUGUCUGAUUUUUUUUAACUUCGUUUGCUACAAUUUUACCCAGCAACGACUACAGGGGAUAUACCAUGAUAUACGUAUAGUUUUCAUUUGUUCGACACAGUCAUCAACAUACAAAUGUAAUCCUUUCAUAGGUUAUGAUGGUAUCUUUAAUCCAGCUUAUUACUUUUUGUGAUUUGACUAUUUUCAAAAGAUUUUUAUCGGACUUCACAACAUUUUUCCCCUGUGCAAUGCAGUUAAUUUUUCGGCACCCGUCUUUUAAUCAAAUAAAUAUUUCUGUCACAUUUUUCUUCAGUAUACAAAUUAUGAUGACGUCAUAUUGGGUCAGCUAAAAGUGAUUAUUUGUAUUGUAUGA